AUGGUAUUUGACUGCGGCGCAGCAACGCAACCUCCGCGCACCCUCGAUCGGCCGAUUCUUGUGAAGUAUGGAGAUACCCUAAGCGUUAAAAGGGAGGUUACUGCUGUCUGCAUCUCUCCCGAUUCCACUGCUGUGGCUAUCGCACGGGCGGAUGGAGUUGUUUCUUUCUACGUGAUGAACUCAAACGAAAGUGAAUUGAAAUUUGCUCAUACGUGGAAUCCGCAAAUGAACCGAUCAAUUGUGGAAUUGUUUUUUCUAGAUGGAGCUCGUCAAUCUAAGAAUCAGGAGCAGUUCUGGCGUCACUGCCUUGUGGUUGCGGAAGGGGGACGACGAUUAGCGUUAUUCGAAUGUGAGGACUGGCGUUGUCUAGGACGUGUUCGAUUCGAGUCAUCGGUUGAGAUUGCGACAUUUGCGGUUCACGUGGAUCCACAAGCCCGUUACGCACAUAUUUUGGACGUAGAUGGAUCGAAUGUGUUCUGUGUAGAAUUGGAGUAUGCUGAACAUCCUCGUUUUGCGGGAGUCACGCAAGUAACUUUUUCGCAUCCGAUCGUAGCGAUUGUUCCAUACGAAGUGGAUACGGAAGAAAAGCACGACUCAAGUGUU